CGCUGAAAACGGCACUACCGUAGUGGGACGGCCCUCCCGAAAAGUGCGCUUUGACAACCUAACAGCAAGUUGAGGAGUUCUUCAACUUUUUCUCAGUUGCUCAUUGUAACACUGAGGAAAGUUGAGGUCACUGGACAGAUUUUCCGCCAUGCAACAAACUUAAUUUCCUUGGACCUCGACAGCAGAGUUUUGCAAUGGCUCCGUUUGGAAGGAAUUUUCUAAAAGCGCGAUUGAAAAACAGGUCGAAGGAGACAGAGGAGACCCCCGGCAAGGAGAUCCAGGUAUGCGUGUGCCAAGAGGAGAAGGCGGUGUGCGGAGUCACCAAACACACCACGUGCGCCGACAUGGUCCAAGCGCUCCUGGAUGACCACAGGAGCCUCCCGGAGAGCCGGCGGCAGCUCCACGGCGAGCCCAAGGAGUUCUGCCUGGUGGAGCGCUGGAAGGGCUUCGAGCGGGCGCUGCCACCCCUCACCCGCAUCCUGCGCCUCUGGAAUGCCUGGGGCGAGGAGAAGCCCUCCAUCCAGUUCGUCCUGGUCAAGACCAGCGAGUGCGCCCCUCCGGCCAAAGCUGGAAAGAGGUCGUCCAGGUCGCGCUCCGCGGCCGUGGGGAGGGCCCGCCGCUGGGAGCAGUGCCCCGCUCAGUACGCCAAGACCCUGCCAGUGGAGCGACAGAAGCGGCUGGUGAAAAAGGCUUUCCGCAAGCUGGACCGGAUCCGGCGCGAGAGCGAGCCGGCCGCCGCCACCGGCAGGCAGGAGGGGUCGGAGGAGAUCGACGGCAUGGUGCGCCUCAUCAUCUCACAGGACCACACCCUCCGGCAGCAGCUGCAGCACAUGCGCGAGCUGGACCUGCAGAUCGAGCAGAACGAGAGGUUGCUGAGGCAGGAGGGGGGGGCGGGGGCGGAGGGGGUGGGGGCAGGGGCCUUGAGCAACUCGCCCCGCCUCAGCCUGACGGACAGCUACGAUAGCCAGUGGCUGUGCGAGGGGCGCCUGCAGGGUAACCUGCACACCAAUGACAGCGUGGAGCAGCUGGAGGAGCAGUUGCGCCGGCACCAGGAGCUCAUCUUCAAGCUGUCCCAGGAUAUUGACGUUGAGCUCCAGAGCGGUGAGUGGCUGCCUGGGGACGAGGAGACGCUUGGGGCGACGGCGAUGGCGCUGCCUCCCGAUCUCGGCAUGGACGCCCCGGAGCUGAAGAGCACCCGCACGGAGCUGGAGCACAGCAUGCGGGCUGGCCUCUCGCUCUACUCCCAGACACAGGAGCUGGAGAGGGAGCUGCAGUGUCACGACACCACCCUGCUCUCCAAGAGCCAGGAGUGUCAGCUCCUCGCAGCCCAGCUCAGUGCACUGCACCUGGGGGAAGGCUCGCCGCAGCCAGGCCCCUCGCCACUAAAGAGCCAGGCCAAGUGCAGUGUGGAGCAGCAGGGACUAGGAGCCGAUAAGAUCAGACAAGGCCUGACAGCCGAUGCCAUAGACACAGACUCAGACACGGGCAUCAGUUCCACACACAGCCAGGACUCCCUCUCCCCCACUGUGAGCCGGAGGCCUCCCCUGGACACAGACGUCUAAACACAAAAGAAUAAAUCAGCACAUGUGAACUAAUUAACGGAGAUGCAGAUCGACGUGAGGCAAUGAACUUCACUGGCCAUCUGUCUCAAUUAUUUUGUAUUUCAAACCCAUAUAUUUGUGCACUCAUACCUGAAGUCAAAUCAAAGUGAAGGUGAGUGAAAAUCUCUGUGUCAGAGUCUCUAUCUCAGUCUGCUGUAGUCAUGGACACCAUUCCAGACCGAAAGGUAUGCAGCAGUUUGUACACUACAAGCACAGCUACAUGUCUCCAGGUCAUUGUUUUGAAUGCAGGAAUGCAGUGAAGGUUUUCUUCCUCUUGAAUGGAAAAAGCACUUGAGUGUUGGUCUUGUUAUAAGCAUUCUGUCAGUUUUAACCCGACUGCUUUGUGUUGUGCAGUUCCACUACAAGCAGAGAGGCGAUAAGAGAGGCGUUUUGGAAAGCAAAGCUUUCACAUUUGUUUUGAGAGGUAACGUGGAGCAACUGCUGAAAGAGACUAGUUGAAACUACUGUAAAUGAGCUUAAACUGCUGUGUGCAUUUUUGCAGUCCCCUCCAAUGUCAAUAGAACUCUUUGUGCUAAUAUGACGACCUUUGCAUUCCAACAACACAGUUCUCUACAAAAGCUUAGCAUUUAUUUGACCUUUGCUAACAUGAAUUGUAUGAAAGUUCUAUUUAUAUUUUAAAGUUAAAAAUGAACUAACUUUUAAAGUUAGCACUGUUAUGUCUCCAAAAUGUUAAUUAUUCAAGAUAUGUUUAUUGUAAAGUUUGUGCUCUGCAGAUAUUUCCCCGGUAAAAGAGAAUGGUAACAUGCACAAAAGUGUUUAGAGUUAUGAAAGAAGUAAAGUACACUGUGUAUGUCCUCAAAAUUGACAUUGUUUUAUAUUAAAACAUCCUGUUGUGCCUUCAGGUUUAGAUCAUACAUUAAAUGACAAAUUAAGAUCAUAUCAUGUGGACAAUGAUUUGCUUACAAAGAUGGCCUAAAAUGAUAUUUUAAUCAUUCAUAAACCCAUUGUUAUAUUUCUCGACAUUUUGGUGAAUACGUUUUACAUAACUAGCCUGAUUACUCAGCUGCAUGUCGAACAUUCAGACCUACCUUUGACAAGUCUUUCUUUAUCACCUGUGUAUGAAUGUCAUUACUUGAGUUUAUUGCUCUGUUUGAAACCAUAAAUGUAAGACCCAAUGUAAAAGACCCCCUUCAGAGAGUGUACUCCCACAUUAUACUCUUAUUGUCGAGCAAAUUGUAACUACACAGUGCAAUCACCACAUUCAUACACUGAAUGCUACUUACUGCUCCUCGGGAUCCAAGUAUUGGUGUUCAGGUAGAUUGGAUAUUGUUCUCCCAUUCCGUAGUUUGAUAAUAAACGCUCCAUUGCUACAUGC